UUAUAGUUUCUUGUCACGUUGACUUUUACUAAUAACGUGGUAUGAAGGAUAAACAAAUAUUUUCACUUGUCGGAAAUAUUCGAAGCUUAUUAGGCAAAAUGGCUGUCCAUUUUGAUUUGACAUGUAAAAUUUUCACUUAUAAAUGUUUUUAUCGGUUGGUGUUUAUUAAUAGGUGACGUGAUUUUUAAAUCUGCGAAUAAUUUUGACAUGGAGCAAACUCAAUUAACUGGUGAUGGACAAGUUAUGAUCGGAGGGCAAGCCGUCCAAGUGAUACAUAUGAAUCAGCCUCAAGUUCUCCAAGGUGCUAAUGGUCCUAUAGUCGUACAUGCUAUUCCACAAUCUGGGCAAACUAUACAGGUGGCAAAUCCCAGUGGUCAAAAUUUGCAGCAAAUACAAGUAUUACCUGUCUCCAGUCUUCAAAAUACUGCUAGUAAUGGUCAAAUAGUACUACAACAGCAACCUCAACCUCAGCAAGCUCAAAUCAUUCAAACAUCUGAUGGGCAAACAUAUAUUUAUCAGCCUAUGUCGGCUAUAGAAAACAGUGUGCCUGCACAAGCACCUCAAGCACAACCCACUGGUUUAAUCAUAAACCUUAAUGGAAAUCUUGUACAAAUCAAUGGUACUGCUCAACAGCAACCCACAGUUAAUAAUACACAAGCAAUACAACAGCUUGCACAACAGCAAAUAGUUCAAAAUGGCAAUGUCGUCAUGAUGGUUCCAAGUACAUCUGCUGCAACUGUUCCACAAUUUGCCCCAAGGGUUAAUAUUCCUGGUGAAUUCUUAGAAGAAGAACCUUUGUAUGUCAAUGCUAAACAGUACCGGAGGAUAUUAAAAAGGCGACAAGCACGUUCUAAAUUAGAAGCUGAAGGAAAAAUUCCCAAAGAAAGACCAAAAUAUCUACAUGAAUCUCGACAUCGACAUGCCAUGAAUAGGAUCCGUGGAGAAGGAGGAAGAUUUCAUUCGGGUUCAGUUAAGAAGAAACGUGCAAGAAAUGUUGCAACGUCUGUUGAAGGACAAGUUAUAAUCCAAAGUAGUACAACUAGUACAGCUUCAAAUUGUACGGAUGGAAAUGAAAUAUCGAAUCAACAAAUUUCUAUUCAUCCAACACCGAUACAGCCAAUGCCAAUGCAAAAUAUUAUGCUAGAUGUAAAAUAUGAUAGCUCUUGUGUUUAGGUCAAAAUUAGUUAUAAUUCAAUUCAAGCCCUUCACAAUGUAAGUGUAAUAUAUAAUUAGAGA